GUUGUUAUUAACCUCAAAACUAUGAAAAUCAAUAGUUUGUAAAUAAUAGCCUAAUAUAAAAGAAAAUAUCUAAAUAAAAAGUGUUUGCAAAAUGAGUGGUUUUACUAAUGCUGAAGCAGCUUCUUCAGGAUUUGACAAUGGCUUAACUUUGGAAUUUGGUCCAUUGGAAACAGUUCAUCGAUGGAGAAGAAUGCCUGAAUGUGAUGAAUUUGUUGGAGCAAGACGAAGCAAACACACUGUGGUAGCUUACAAAGAAGCAAUAUAUGUGUUCGGAGGAGAUAAUGGCAAAAGUAUGCUUAAUGAUUUGUUGAGGUUUGAUGUGAAAGAAAUGUCAUGGGGAAGAGCCUUUGCUACUGGUAACCCUCCUGCACCGAGAUACCACCACUCUGCUGUCGUUCACAACUCAUCAAUGUUUGUUUUUGGGGGUUACACUGGAGAUAUACAUUCCAAUUCAAAUUUGACCAACAAAAAUGAUCUCUUUGAAUAUAAAUUUAAUUCUGGGCAAUGGGUUGAAUGGAGAUUUGUGGGGAUAAUCCCAGUGCCCAGGUCUGCACAUGGAGCAGCUGUUUUUGAUAAUAAACUGUGGGUAUUUGCUGGCUAUGAUGGGAACGCUAGACUUAAUGAUAUGUGGACAAUUUCUCUUGAUGGCGACAGUCGUACAUGGGAAGAAGUAGACCAGAAAGGAGAAUGUCCUCCAACUUGCUGCAACUUUCCUGUAGCAGUAGCUCGAGACAGUAUGUUCGUUUUCAGUGGACAAAGUGGGGCAAAAAUAACAAACUCGUUGUUCCAAUUUAAUUUCAAAUCUAAAACAUGGACACGUAUAUCUACUGAGCAUAUUUUAAGAGGAGCUCCGCCACCACCUGCUCGACGUUAUGGACACACAAUGGUGGCUUACGACCGUCAUUUGUACGUUUUUGGUGGGGCGGCAGACAGCACCGUGUCCAACGAUUUGCACUGUUUUGAUCUAGACACCCAAACAUGGUCCAUCAUUCUGCCAACUGUGGAUUCUAACGUACCCACUGGUCGUCUUUUCCACGCUGCUGCUGUAGUUGGUGAUGCCAUGUUUAUUUUCGGGGGCACAGUUGACAAUAACGUCCGUAGUGGAGAAAUGUACCGUUUUCAAUUCUCUAAUUAUCCAAAAUGUACUUUACAUGAUGAUUUUGGUAAAAUCCUCGAACUGAAGCAGUUUUGUGAUGUCCGCUUCACUGUGGGACAUGAAGAAAAACAGAUUCUUGCACAUUUAGCUUUAGUUGCGGCCAGAUCGAAGUAUUUAAGGAAUAAGAUAAGGCAAGCAAAAGAGACAAAACAGCAAGAUUCUCCAACAAGCGACCCUUUGGAAGUCAAACUUCCAGAUGCGAGUCCUGAAGCGUUUGAAAUGGUAUUAAAUUAUAUUUAUAUGGACUGUAUUGAUCCUACAAAGAAGGCAAAGCAAGGCGAAGAUCUCUUUAGUAAUCGAAUUGUGCUUUUAAUGAUGGACGUGUAUAGACUUGCAGUUAAAUUUGAUAUGCUUCGACUUGAACACCUUUGCAUUCAAUAUUUGGGAGCUACUAUAUGCUUGAAGAACGUCCUGGAAGCCCUUCACAACGCUGACAUUUUGGCUUUGGACUUUAUCAAGGAAUUUUGCUUGAGGUUUAUCGUGAAAGAUCCAAAUUAUAACGCGAUUGUGAUGAGCAAAGAGUUUGAAUCGUUAGACAGAGGACUGAUGGUUGAAAUAAUACGACGAAGACAAAUGCCACAACCUAAAGUACAAAUCGACACAAAUUUCGACAUGGCAGGCUCGUCUCUUGAGCAGGAUAUGGCGAUGUUUUUACGUCUUACAGGGUUGGAAUUUUGUGAUAUCGAUUUAGUACUUGAUGGCAAUGCUAUUCCUGCUCAUAAAACAAUAUUAGCUGCCAGGUGCAGCUAUUUUGAAGCAAUGUUCAGAUCAUUUAUGCCUCCUGACAAUAAAGUAAAGAUUCAGAUAGGAGAAAUGACUCCUUCAAGGACCUCAUUUGACUCUCUACUUCGUUAUAUUUAUUAUGGGGACAUAAACAUGCCACCUGAGGACUCAUUGUACCUGUUUUCAGCCCCUUACUUUUACGGUUUCACAAAUAGCAGAUUGCAGACGUUUUGCAAACAAAACUUAGAAAUGAACGUAACAGUGGAUAAUGUGAUACAAAUUUUGGAAGCAGCAGAUCGUAUGCAAGCAACUGAUAUGAAGAAAUAUGCCCUGGACUUAAUCGUUCAUCAUUUUAUUAAAGUCGCAAGACUUCCCCGUUUGAAACAGUUGAGUAAGGAGCUGAUUUUGGAUAUUUUAAUGGCCUUGGCUAACGACAUGAGUGCUCCAAAGACUUGCCAAGACUUAUCUACUAUAAGUCUGAACAGCGACUCAUAACUAAUGUUUUUGUUAAUAUUUGUAUAUAAGUUUGUUCUUACAUCUUAUUUGUUAAAUGUUAACCAUUAAGUAUUAUUAGUAUGCUUUCUAAAGACUUUAUUGUAUAAAUGUUUUUAUGUAUUCAAGAGU